GGGCUGAAAAGUGAGAGCACCCCAGAGGUGAACUGGCGCUCAUCCAUCUUAGAGAAACUGGGGCAAAAGCAGAGAAACAGCCUAAAUGCUGUGUUGUCUGCCCUGUGCUGUAUUUCACGUUGUUCUGUUUUAAUAAUACAUUGUACAUACAGUGCUUUGAAUAAUGGAAAGUUAGGGCUGCCCCCUAGUAGUCGACGAGAGGAGGCUUAGUCGACCAAAAUUGGUAAUAGUCGGUUAGUCGCAGAAAACAAAACCUCCACAGGAAGUGGUGAAAUCACGCAGUCUGCGAUGGACAGAUCGUUAACGGCAGGGAAAUCCAAACAUUCGCCUAUCAUUCAUCAACAAACAUGGCUUAUCACUUGAAACAUGCAAGUAGUUGCGCCUUUACAAGUCCGCUCGCUCUAACAACCUAGAUAAAUGUGCGCUAUUAUUUGGCGUAGGACUGCCCCCAAUAAUUGACUAAAUGUUAGUUGACUAGAAAGGCUUAGUAGACCAAGAUUUUAUUAGUCGGUUAGUUGCAGAAAGAAAAAAAAAACUCCACAGGAAGUGGCAAAGUCACAUAAUCUGUGAGGGAUAGACCAUUAACGGCGGAUCCUUGUGGUAAGUACAGUAUGUCGGGCAGGAAAUCCAAACGUUCGCUGAGCAUCCAUUGACCUCAAAUAUGGCUUAUCAUUUGCAACAUGUAAGUAGUAGCAACUUUAACAUGGCCGCUUGCUCUAACGUUAACCUCGAUAAAUGUGCGCUAUUAUAUAUCCAAGUGUUUGUGCGAAUUGUGCAAGGCAGCUAAGGUAUACUUGCAUCACUUGCAUUUUUUCAACUUAUUUUUUUUGUCAUAUAUAUAAGAGUAAUUAAUACAUAAUUCCAAACUGUAAGGAGUCUACUUUUAUUUUUGUACACUUUGUGUAGAAAAUGUUGUGCUUUUGUAAAAUAAAGAAAACAAACAGAAUGCGCUUUCUGCCGUCUCGGUCUCCCUGAACAGCAGCGCAUCACAUAAAAGAACCAAAACUCAGGCUACUUCCUCACAGACGUUAGAAAUGGAAAGCUUGAAAAGUCUACUUUUAAACAAACCAGUUUUAAUCUAAAAACAAAUACUCUCUGAUUACGUAAUUGAUCACAUUUCUCAAUAGGUGCGUUACUGCGGAGAUGAUGAGUCAGCGUUGUCAACUUCAUCUUUGCAGCCAACAUUGACUCAGAAAACACUAGUUUAUUAAUAAACAAUUAAAAUGUUAUUUUAUAAUAAUAAACUUUUAUAUAAACUUGCUAUUUUUUCCGCCACAUUCAUAAUCAUUACUUUUGCCAGUGCUUUGUUGCAAGCUUUAUGCGUGCGCUUGAGCCCCCUAGUAUAUUUAAGUAAUUAAAUUAACAUAAACGUGCGAUUAGUCGACUAUUGUAAAAAUCUUUAGUCGAAGGCAGCCCUACAGAAAGUCGUUCAGUUUCACUGAGAAUUGGAGCAUCAGUGACUGCUGCUGCAAUAGAGUUGAGAAGACUACUAACAAACAAGAGAACGAUUGUGAACACUCUAGAAGAAAUUAUGAGUUGCCAUGAGGAUUAAAGCUAAUCGUCUCAUGGGUUUUCACUUCUGCUCUGUUGUAGUUUCUAUCAGAGUGUUUUCCCUUCAGUAGGUCAGAUUUAGGAACUAGUCCAUGUCUCAAUGCCUUAACUCACUCUUGACCAUUGAGCCAUUUGUUGGUUGGAUGGAUCAGUUAAAAUGGUGGGUUUAGAACAGCAACUAGCCAUGUUUUUGUGGUGACGGUGCAAACGUGUAGGCGUGGGUCUGCUUUGCUUUGAUUUGCUUGUUUUAACAGCCCAGAUGUUGUUGUAAAACAUGACUUUCAACUCAACAGCCUGGAGGUACAGUUUUACUGUGAAAAGUCCUUAAUCUUUAUCUGCACUUUGGUGAAAAAGAGCAGCACUCUAGUCAAGUGCUUCUUAUUAAAAUGGUAAAAUCUUUUUUAUAUUUUACUGCUAAUAUUAACAGUACAUUAUUUUGCUAUAUAAUAUAUUUGAAAAACAAUCGGCAACAUUAAUAAAUAAUAAUAAUAAUACCAAGUGUUUAAUAUAUUUCUGCUUGUUUUUGUAGUGUUUGUAAGGUGGUCUUGUAACAGUGAUGUGUUACAGUCUGUUUUGUUUUUUCUCACCAUCGUCAGGUCUCCAUAUUUAGCCCUGAGCGUCUGCUGACAUACUGAAAACACACACUAUUGGUUGCUAGCAACUGCUCACAGGUGUUGUUGAGGUUACCACUCCUUGCUUCCUUUCCAAGGCUCUCUCUUUCGGUUGCUCAGCAGAUGCACACACACACACACGCUUUCACAUUCACAGCUAUGCAUGAACACGCGUUCAUCUCACAACGCUGAGCCGGAUAGAGGCAUCUUACAGAUGGAGUCUCCGGUGUCCACGCCGGCACCACCACCGCUCCACCUCCUCGCACCUGUCGGCAACAGCGACAUCUCCUCCUCGUGUGAGCAGAUCAUGGUCCGCACGCGCUCCGUGGCUGUCAACACCUCUGACGUGUCUCUGGCGACCGAGCCGGAAUGUCUGGGUCCUUGUGAACCUGGAACCAGUGUCAACCUGGAGGGCAUCGUCUGGCAGGAAACGGAGGACGGUAUGCUGGUUGUAAAUGUUACCUGGAGGAACAAGACGUAUGUGGGCACCCUUUUAGACUGCACUCGACAUGACUGGGCACCCCCACGGUUCUGUGAGUCACCCACAAGUGACCUGGAGAUGAGGAAUGGCCGUGGACGGGGUAAAAGAAUGAGGCCCAAUAGCAAUACACCAGUCAAUGAAAAUAGUAAUUCUUCUGAUAACAAAGCCAGCAACAACAGCAAGACUCGAGCAGCAUCGAACAGCAAAGGGCGGCGGGGCAGUCAGAAUUCCUCUGAGCGGCGCACCCCACCAAACAGCAACCCUGAGGAUAUAAAGGCUAGUCCAUCAUCUGCUAACAAACGCAAGAGCAAACCUGCCUCAGACAUGGAGCCCAAUUCUAGUUCAGAGGACACUAAGGGUAGCAAACGAAUGCGCACCAAUUCAAAUAGUGGAAUACCUCAUACUAUUCUUCCCCUGUCUAACAUCAAAGCUGAAUCCUUGCCCCCUUCUUUGGACCGCAACUGCCCCUCACCAAUUCUCAUUGAUUGCCCCCAUCCCAACUGCAACAAGAAAUACAAGCACAUCAAUGGCCUUAAAUAUCACCAGGCUCGUGCUCACAAUGAUGAUGACAUCAAGCUGGACAUAGAUGGUGAUAGUGAGUAUGGUGAGGACUCCACUUUGCACCCUGAGUCAGGCAGUUGCAAUGGUGCAUCCAUUUCCCAGAAGGGCUGUGCAUCUCCUGCGCGGUCAAACACACCCAAAGGCAGAGGAUUUGAUGCCCAGAGCCCAUCACCGUCAUCAGGAAAGUUCAGCUCCAAGCAGCCUGGAAAGAAGAAACCAGAGACUGAGCAUGACACUGGUGUGCCCAUGGAUGGCUGUGAGGAUGGCCCAUGUCUUACAGAUGAGACAAGCAAUGAUGGCAUUGAUGAUAAAAGAGGCUCGGACAAAGCUAAGAAGUCUGGCAGUAGUACCAAGGCAGACAAGCUUGCUCAGAAGGCAAUGAAGUCAGCAAGGCCCCUGGUUCCUUCCUUACCUCCACAGCAGUUGUACACCUUACCAGCCUCUGGCUUCCCUGCCCCCAAUUCUGGCUCCUCCAAUAUAGCCUCUGUGGUCCAAUCCAUUAGCAAGAGCCCCCAACUAAAAUCCAUUCAACCCAAACCUGCAGUAAUGGGAGAUCCCUCAAUGAACCCAGUCUUGAGCAGUUCUAAGGACAAGAAAAAGAAAGAUAAGAAAAAGAAGGAGGGUAGUAAGGAAGGAGACAGUCCAAAAGCCCCUUCCAAAGGAGGGAAACCUGAAGAAGGUAAGAGCCCAUAUUCCGAAAGCUCAGACCAAGGCAGCAAGAGUGAGGGGCUAUUAAAUGGAUCUACGGAUCCGCAUCAAAGUCGGCUAGCCAGCAUGAAAGCAGAGGCGGACAAAAUCUACAGCUUUUCUGACAAUUCUCCCAGUCCUUCUAUUGGUGUGGCUAGUCGGAUAGAAAGUGGGGGGAUGGCACAGCCUCUUACUCCACUUCACGUGGUUACCCAAAAUGGGGCCGAUAACUCUUCUGUGAAGACCAACAGCCCGGCAUACUCUGACAUCUCUGAUGCAGGGGAGGAUGGAGAGGGCAAAGUGGAUGGUAUGAAGGUCAAGUCUGAGGAUCAGGCAGUUCGGGAAAGUGCCAAGAAAGCUCUGUUCCCAUCCCAACCACCAAACAAAGACUCCUCAUAUUACCCAGGUUACGAAACAUACUACUCGCCCAAUUAUGGCAACCCAAACCCCAGUCCAGGAGUCUCUAACACUGCCACAUCAUUGCAAGAUGGUGCAGUGAAGGUGAAAAAAGAGGAGGACCCGGAACCAGGGAAUGAAAAGGGCAAAUCAGAGCCGCCUGAAGAACGAAAGCCAGACAUAGGUGCACCCACUCAGCAGCAACAGCAGCCUUCGGUCAUUCAGCAGCGUUCUAGCAUGUUCAUGCAGCCCCUCUACUACAAUCAGUAUGCUUAUGUACCUCCCUUUGGCUAUUCACCAGAUCAGGCCUACCAUAACCACCUGAUGAACACAAGCCCAGCUUACAGGCAGCAGUGUGAGGACCGACAACGACAAGCAGCUGAGCAGCACCGUGCUGCAGAGAAGAAAUCAGAGGCUGCUCAGAAGGACAGGGAAGCCUCCAUGAAGUCAGAAGAAUGGAAACAGAAAGCUUCAGUUCCUCCAACAUUGUCUAAGGCGCCAAGCCUCUCAGACUUGGGCAAACCGUCCCCACAGGGCAAGCCCAAAGAUCCAUCAGAGCCUGGCAAGUCAGUCAUUAUCCCUAAAGGGGAAGAUGGCAAGGGACAGACCCAGCAAGGUGAGGGUUUGAAAAUGAAGCUAAGUGAAGCUGGCCAUCAUACAAAGGAUGAGCAGAAACCAGGCCUUGAGCCUGGAAGAUCGCCUAUGGACCAGGCAAUGUACAUCUAUAGACAGGAGACAGAAUCUCGACUGUGGCCCUUCGCUUACCCCAGCAAGUACCCCGAUGCUCAGAAACAGACUGAUGAGGAGAGGUGGAAGGACGAGAGAGAACGGGAUCGUGAGCGAGAAAGGGACAGAGAUCGGGACAGGGACCGUGAGAGAGACCGGAAGGGCAAAGACGAAAGGCAGCGUCCUAAAGACACUACCUCUAAAGAGGAAAAUAAGGAAGUGGCAGAACCACGAACUUCAUCAGCCUCAGAGGAGCAUAGAGGAGCUAGCAAAGAUCCACGAGCACAUAUGCAGUUUUCCUCACCUCUGCCACAGCACCAGUCAUAUAUGUCUUAUAUGCAUGGAUACCCCUAUGGCCAAGGUUAUGACCCCAGCCAUCCGGGAUACAGGGGGAUGCCUACUGUCAUGAUGCAUAAUUACCCUGGAUCAUACCUGUCGCCAGGGUACUCUUUUUCUCCGUAUGGCAGUAAGAUGCCCCCUGGUGAGGAGGGUGAGAAGGCUCGUGCCAGUCCUACGGUGAGCGGCAAGUCUGCUUCCGAGUCCAAAGCUCUGGACAUCCUGCAUCAGCAUGCUAGCCAGUACAAGAGCAAAUCUCCCACAGUGGGUGAAAAGACGCCCCAUGAAAGAGACCGAAGUGGGAGUGAGAGGGAAAGAGACGGUGAACGUCCAAGAUCUUCACCCUCUCAGCGGAUCAUGCCUUCCCACCAUCACUUAGGCUAUCCACUACUCCCGGGACAGUACGACCUGUCUUAUGCUACAGGUAUCUCCUCUUCAGCCAUUGUUGCAAGUCAACAAACCUCUGCCCCCUCACUUUACCCCCCAGCACGGAGGUGAGAAUGGGAGAAGUGACUGGCCGCUUUUCUGCAGAAAUGUGACUGGUUCACAUGAGGACGUGGUGUGGAGCUUAUGACAUCAGUUCAAUGAUGUUCCUGAUUUCUUUAUGGUUCUUUUUCCCGGACUUCUUGGCGCCUUUGACCAACACCGUCAGAGAGGAAAAAGUGGAUGCCCAGGCAUCCAUGUACACGCCGAACUCCACCUCGGGAAAUGCACAUCCAGACGCCUCCCUCUCUGUGCUGCUGGCUACAUACUCAGGAGAGAGGAGACACGGCCUGUCUGCAGAGACCUCAUAUGAUGCGCAAGCUCUCUGAAUAGAAACAUGGACCUAUAGAGUGUGGGAAUCUUGAAUGAACCUGGAUGCAAAGACAUUCUGGAAGUCACUACAUUGUGUUUUAAGCAUGGAGUGCUACUGUUCUGGACUGCUGCUCUAGAGCCAUGAGGAUUACCAAGGUUGUUUUUACUGAAGGAUUCCAGCAUCUUGGUUGCCGCUCUUCAUCUUCACACAUUUACAUUCACAAUCUCUUUGUGGACUCUAUGCAAGUGGAUAAGGCUUGAUUUCCUCACUCAGUUCAUUCAGGGCAGUAAACUCAGUUACAUUUACCGCUAUGAAGCUAUCGUUUCAACAUACUUGAGUUCCUUGUUCAAGAGGCAGUUUUUAAUGCACUUCCCUGUCUUUAUCAUUCAUAGUUAUUUUCUUUCAUGUUCCUUUUUGACUUUUCAUUUAUGAAUGAUGAACAAAUAGCCCAAAGUCACUCCAUCAGCUGCUUAGCAUUGGUCGUUUUGCAGUGCAAGGCAAAUGUUUUGUUCUUGAAUGGGCGACAGGGCAACUGCUCCGCGUUGGUCGUUCAGCGAUGACCUGAUUUUCAGUUACGCGAUGGGCCUUCUGACAUUUGGAUUAUCCGGGUCGUGGAGGGAAGAUGAAGCAUUGGCAAUUGGAACUUUGACUUCCAGACUGGAUUUACGGAUUUUUCCAGCCUGCAUUGCUGUAUUGACAGUUAUCAUAUGCAGACACAUGGCUAUCUGCUUUUCCCAGGCCCAGCUCUAGAAAGUCGUUCAGGACACAAUGUGUGUAUUUGCCAAUGGAGUUACCAGAUUCUACUGAACUGUUUGUGUCUGGUCACAAACUGAACCUUCACACACGGAUAAUUUUGAUAUGCUGCUUGCGAAUCUCAUGCCAGACUGCAUGAGUGAAGUCCGAAACGGGGCAAACCUUGAAGGCUUAGAGCAAUCCGAGGAAGAUGACCCCAAAAGAGGCUUAAGAGCCGGCAUCCAGCUUCUGGACUUCUGGAUCCUCGCUGAUCCACAGACUCACGGAGCACCAAACAAGGAAGACCGUAGCUGGAAACACUUUCUUCUGUCUGUCUGCAUGGUGUAAUCCAGCACUCGGUAAAAGCAUUAACCCAAACAGAGAGCAAUGCAACACAUGCAGGCGUACUUCCUUUUCUCCCUCACUAUGUGCUUUCUGUAUAUAUUGUACAAAGGAAUUAUUUUAAAAAAAGGUUGUUGAAUGCUAUCGGAUUUUCUUACUAUCUCUCUCUUAUUUUUUUUUUUUUUGUCUGUUAGCCUUUUUUUCUACCAUUGUUGACAUAAUAUCAACGUUUAGCUGGUAUAACGGCUUUAUAUUGGAAGUGUUUUUGUUUUUUAACUACUUUUUCUACCCCUCCUCUUCAACACCAAGUCAGCUUUGAAACUGUUUAGAAGCACAUCUUUUGCGUUUACUGAAAUAAAGUCAGUUUUAAUAAAACGUCACAGAAUUUUUAGUCCGCACCCCUGCGAAACAUAAAAGCACGGUCAUAUUUCAUGAGGGACUGAUGGGAACUGUGGGAAAGGAAGCUGCAACCCGAGUCUGGUGCUAUCUGGAGCUAGUUUUUCCAGUUCAUCAUCAUGCAGUUAUUGUCUGAAUCUCAAACUCUCAGGAGAGCAUUAUUGAAAUCUGAGCCUUUUAAAUCAUCCUGGCAUGUUCAUCGCUCUCGGCUGUACUCAAACUUGAUUAUUGAACAGUACAGGGAAGAAGACAUUACUUAACGUAAUUCCCCUAUGUUAAACAUGAUAGUUUGUUUUUCAUCUUUAUCGUCAGCAAAAGUUUAGUAUCUGCAAGGUAGGCUUUUUGCUCCUUAGAUUUUUAAAUGAAUGACAAUUUCAACGCCACCACCAACCCCCAACUAACACUCAUGCUAAAGACGCCUAAUCGCACAUUGUAUUAGUUUCAUUUUGUUGCAGGAAAGAUCUGGGCCAGAUUUCUUUAGGCAUUUUUAUUUCAUUCUCUCUGUGGUGAUGGAAGUCAUUUUUAAUGCUGAUUUAGGACCGAAACCCUAAUUGCAGCACUGGUCUCAGAUCAGCGUCAAACGGCUCGCUCUAAUACGAGAGAGUCAGGAUUUUUAUAUAUAGUAAUAAUCUCACUUUUAGUUGUUCUGUCUUUGCGCGUUUAGCCAGUAAACCUGUGCUGUCUGGUGACUUGAUUCAUAAUUGUUGAGGAAAAAGCGCUUGAUUGUUUUAAUUUAUUUUUGAGGGUUCUUCAUUUGUUGUUGCUGUUGUUUUUUCUAGUUCAAAUUUUCUCCUUGUAGAAAGAUGAAACGGCCGGUUUUGUUUCAACAGUUCAAACAUUCGUUCACAUUUGUCUCCAACGGUGCUAAUAUAGCCUACCCUGUGCGAUCCUUGUGGGAAGAGAAGAGGGAAUUUUUGUUUUUUCUGUUAUUAGGCCCCUCCCACAACCCACCCCACUAAUUAAGCCCCACCCACCCCAUGCCCAUAGAGAGCAGUGUCAGUCAUUGGUACUUGAAAGAAAGAUGUUUACACCUCUUCAUUUCUGUGUUUUGGAUACAUGGAACCAUCGCUCUCUCUUUCCCUGCUUUCCUCACUGUCUCGCUGCCUCUGUCCCACUCUCUCUUCCUAGGGAUCUCUCAUGUAAAGUGUAAAUUGCUACAUUUUUUAUACAAUACUGUAACUUGCCUUUGUACAUUUAGGCAGAAAAUAAAUCUUUUUAUGAGACAAUCA